GGGAGAACACCACUCCUCGAUAUUAUUCGCAUUUCUGUAUUUUGUUAUUUUCUUUGUUUCCAGGGAAACCCCACCUCCUCAAUUAACGACCCACGAUGCUCCUCGCCUGUCUGUGCUGAAAUCCCAAUUCCCAAUUCCCAAUUCCAUCCCAUGUGACCACCGACAAUAUUGUACUCCCACUCUCUUUCUCAGUCGCUCGUCUUCACUCUUUUAUCCUUUAUUGUCUUCAUCAAUCUUUCUCAGAAGCAAUACUCUUUCUCUUUCUCUGGUUAUCAUCGACGACAGAUGUCCAUGGCCAGGCUGGUAGUCUUCUUCGCUCUCUGCGUUCUUCCGGCGCUCGUCACCGCAGCCCGUCCCGCCAAAAACCCUUUCAACGUCGUCGGCCGCGUUUACUGCGACACCUGCCGCGCUGGUUUUGAGACCCCAGCCACCACUUACAUUCCCGGUGCAAGGGUUAGGGUGGAAUGCCGAGACCGAGACAACCUGAAUCUGCUCUUCAGCGUUGAAGGUGUAACGGAUGCGACUGGAACGUACAAUAUCCAGGUCGCAGAAGACCACGGGGAUCAACUCUGUGAAGCAGUCCUUGUGAGAAGCUCUCAAGAAGACUGUGGAAAGAUUGAGUCAGGCCGUGAGCGAGCAAAUGUGGUUCUAACCCGCAACAACGGGGUUUUGUCGGACAAGCGUUUCGCCAACAACAUGGGCUUCAUCAAAGAUCAGCCCCUGGCUGGAUGUGCCGAGAUUCUUAAGCAGUACCAGAGUGAGGAGUACGAAAACUAGAGCUUCUUCUUCUACUACUUACUUCUCGGUAGAAUGGUAGCCCCCCCUCAAUAAUUUGGUUGAUGAUGCUCUCGUUAUUUUAUCAAUAUAUCUUUAAUUAUUGUUCGAGUCAUUGAGAUGAGAUGAUUUCCUUUCAUGUCUUACUGAACUGAACUCUUCUUUUAACUUAUAAAUCCAUUAGAGAGUCACUUGUUGUGGCUUAGCAACAACAAUGUCAUGUGUAGGAUACUAGGAUUUAUGCCUUAUACAUUUAAGUUUUCUAACA